ACAGCUGCAGUUUAGUCACUUUAGUCAAAGGGGAUCAUCUAUAUAAUAUGUGUAUGGAUUAUAACUCAAGACAAGAAUUCCGAGGCGAUAACUUUUUAGAUUGUUGCACCAUUAAAAAGUGUGAUCCUUUGCUUUAUUGUAUUCCUAUUUUAUUAUUUUGCUGUACUAAUUAGUCCAUAUGGCUCGUUUCCCAAGCAUGGACGACAAGUGUUCUGUUUUAUAUUUAUCGCGUCUGCAUCUGGACGACUUGAGCUUGGAUCAUCUCACGGACAGUAAAAGACAACAAAUCCAGCAGCUACAUCUCACUUACAAUCGUUUAUCGUUUCUUCCAAAUGCCGUUUGUUUUUUGUCCAACCUGGAAUACCUGGAUAUCAGCAAUAAUGCGCUCACAGUCAUACCAGAUGACAUUAUGCGCCUAACAAACCUAAAGACGUUUGUAGCAAAGAACAAUCUUCUGGAUGAGUCCUCGUUCCCUAAGGAGUUCGAACGCAUGCAGGUAGAGACUCUGAAUCUGAGUGGGAACAGGUUUGAGGACAUUCCCAUGCAGUUUCUCAAAAUGACCACACUACAAUCCCUGUCACUUGGAGGAAACAGAUUGAAGAAUAUCCCUGCAGAAAUAGAGAACCUGACCAGUCUAGAGAUGCUGUAUUUGGGAGGAAACCUCAUCUCCUCCAUCCCACCUGAGGUGGCUAACCUCACCAGUCUGAGAUACCUGGUUCUAUGUGACAAUCGCAUCCAAAGCAUACCGGCCCAGCUCAACAAACUACACUCCCUGCUCUCUCUCAGUCUCCACAACAACCUGCUGACCUUCCUCCCUCGUGAGAUCCUCAGCCUCGUCCAUUUGCAGGAGCUCAGUCUGCGUGGAAACCCUCUUGUUGUGCGCUUCAUCAAGGAUAUGACCUACGACCCUCCAUCCCUGAUGGAGCUGGCAGGACGCACCAUCAAGUCCCAGAACCUCCCGUUCAGCUCAUGUGACCUACCGUCCAAUCUGAUCCAUUAUUUAAACCUGGCUAGCGAAUGUCCCAACCCAAAGUGUGCAGGUGUUUAUUUUGACUCUUGUGUGAGGCACAUCAAGUUUGUGGAUUUCUGUGGGAAGUACCGCCUGCCGCUCAUGCAUUACCUCUGUUCGCCGCAGUGUUCCUCUCCCUGCAGCUCAAACCCACAGAGCGACGCGGAGUCAGAGGAGGAGAACAGCGUCCCUGCAGACAGGCUCCAGCGGGUACUGCUGGGAUAGGACAAACCUCCAACAGAGACAGUUACCUGCCACAGGAUUUCCAUUUAAUGCUUAAUUUCAUGUUUUCGUAGGCCUAUAAAAUGUUAAAAACACUUUGACUCAAAAGAGUUGGGUUUUAGAACUGUUUUAGUGACUCAACAUAAAAGCAAUGGCUAUUUAGUUUAGUUCUUUUAUGGUGUUUUUAACUGUUUUUUUGUAAUUCGCCUUUUGUGUUCCAUGGAGAACAAAAGCAAACUGGUUUGAAAUUUCAUGAGGGUGAGUAAAUAACUGAACUAUUCCUACUAAUGUUGCUGAUAAGGCAUCUGAAAACUUUGGCAUCUUGCCUAAAACAGUAUGUCGAGUAGGCCAGCUUGACACAGACCAGUCCUACAUGCAAUCAGAGAACAAGCUGAAUGCUUUGCACUUCUGGAAAAUGUGAUCAAUACGUGAACAGUUACUCUUUGACCUCUUCUUUGUAUUGACUGUUAAUCUGCCCUAACUUUUCUGUUCAAAGGUCAGGUUAUGGACUAUGAUGGCUACAUCACACAAUUCGAAAAUGUAUAGAAAGCUAUCAUCCAUGACACAACCUUGAAAAUAGUUUUUUUGGGUAUUUUGUCUUAUUUUCAGAAGUUUGGCUACAGCGAUUGGGUUUCAGAUCAGUA